CGUGUCAGUCAUGCUUUGUCACGUGCGUGCCUUUACAACUCACGCACUUUGCCCUUGUCGUUUUUGGAAGUUUUGGGGCCUCGCAUUCGAGGAUCCUCAAAAAAGCCUCGUCAAGUCGACGUCUAGGAGGGAGAACAAACAGGAAAAACCAUGCGCUUCAUAACAGGGGACGAGGUCGGCCUCACGAAAAUAAUAGCACCGGCCCCACCACCGGAAAACGACCAGAAUGACUGCCCCUCUAAACGACGAAAAGCUAGCGAAAAGCCCCAAAAGGACAUCGACGAACCCGCCGGUCCCAGAAUGACAACCACGACUCUCGGCACCAUGGACCGUGGCGGCGAAGUGCAGCUUAUGUGCUGGGCGGUGUGGAAGACUCAGAGGGACACGGUGGUCGUGGCGAGGAAGGACGGACGGGUGCAGUAUUUGCGGUUAGAGGACGGGAGCGUGGUGAGAGAGCACGUGGUCUUCCGGGAGAGGCGGGGAGAGGAUGGGAAGGUGGUGGUGAAUAAGUAUAAGAAAGGGGAGCACUUUGUGGGGCUGCAUGAUGUUGAAGGCACACUGGUCGCAUGCACAGAUCUUGGUUUCGUCCACAUCAUCCCAUCGCCAGAAAGCAACGCACCAACAUCGCCGCUCCCAUCCGGGACAUUCACCACAUCCCACGCCCUCACCUUCCGCGCCCGCCUCCACCCACAACACACCCACCUCCUCGCCACAGGCGGCGACGAAUGCGAUCUUACAAUUUGGAACCUCGCCGAGCAAUUCCCCAACACGACCACCGAAGAAACGUCCACCACACCCCCACCAACCCAACUGACCGCCCACUGGACAUCCAGAAACGUCAAAAACGACUUCCUCAACAUCCGCGUUCCCGUCUGGAUCACCGAGCUCGCUUUCCUCGACUCCACCGCAACCCGUCUCAUUGUCGGAACCGGCCACCACCAGAUCCGCAUCUACGACACCACUCUCGCCCGGCGGCCUAUCGUCGACAUCACGGUUGGCACGCAUCCCAUUCGGUCCCUCGCUGUGUAUCCCGUAGACAACGCAAGUGAAGGGGUGGUGAAGACGGUGUGCUCUGAUACGACGGGGCAGAUGAUGCAGGUCAAUGUGGAUUGUAAGGCAAAGACGGCGAAGGUUGUCGGGAAAUAUGCUGGGUUAGCGGGGGCGGUUACGGAUGUGGCGAUACCGGCGGGUGCGGAGACGGUGGUUAGUGUGGGGUUGGAUCGGCUGUUGAGGGUGUUUGAGUUGGAGGGCGGGCGGAAGUUGGUGCAGAAGGUUUAUUUGAAGCAGAGGCUUUGUAGGGUGCUUGUUGAUGAUACCGAAGCGGAGACGGCGGCGGUUGGGAAUGCGAAGGGCCAGGUUGGGGCCACCGAAACUGCGACAGCUGGAAAUGGGGACGAGGAGAGCGAAGCUGAAGACGACGACGUGUGGGCUGAGAUCUCGGUGGUCGGCGGCAAACAAUCGGCCACGAAUGGAAAAGCAAAAAAGCGGAAAUCCACAUCGAAGGACGGCAAAUCGUCCAAACGGAAGGGGGUCUCCUGAUUAUUCAACCCCGACCCUUUUUGCGUAAUUUAAGUAGAGUCAUAUUGUAGGAUAGCCCAGUUCAUCCAUCCCAAAAUCUGUAUAUGUACAUUUGCUCGAAAG